AAAUUUGCAAACUUUGCAUGGCUAUAUUUUCCGCAUUUUACAACAUUUCGCAACCAAACUUUGCAAUCGUUCUAGCUGUGAUGAUUUAUUCGAAUCUCUUUGCCUAGUUUUAAAAUUAGUCUAUAAUAGGAAUUGUCUAUUGCCUGCAGACAUUUCUAAAGUAAGGAUUUUCCCUUUGAAACGUGGAAAAGUCCCACUUAUAUGUUUCGGGCAGUUGUAUACACUGACUGUCUGUUAUUGAUAAAGUAAACGUUUAAACUAUAUUUAGUGUGGAUUGGCAGUUUGGUAACACUAUUCAACUGUAUACUAUCACCCCUCACAAUAUUCCUGGCACAACGUCACGGGAUGAGAACAACGCAGCUGAUUGGUGGAAUUAUCUUAACGCUCGGAAUCGUCGCCACCUCAUUGGUCAAUUCCGUAAACCUAAUGUUCCUUACAUACGGGACUCUAGUCGGCGUUGGCUCGGCCCUAGUCUACUCCCCAGCGUUCGCGGCCAUCCCAGAGUACUUCGCGAAGUACGUUUCCAUAGCAACAGGUAUUGGCUCGUCAGGCAUGACCUUGGGACUGAUCUUCUUCUCCUUUACCCUUCCCAUAACACUCGGCGAGAUCGGUUGGCGGAAGACGCUGUGGGGGGUCGCCGCGAUCGGACCGCUGAUCAGCGUUUGCGGGCUCGCGUUUUCUAAGCCCACCGUGCAACCGGCUAGCGGUGUGAGUGACGAGAAAGCGGCGCAGGGGGUGGAUGAAGAGUCCUGGUGGAAGGGUUUACUUCAGAAGAAAUCGUUCAUCCUGUGGUGCACUGCGAGUUUUAUUUUUGCUUCUGUUGAAUUUGUUCCACUCUUUCUCGUGGUAAUUUGAUUUGCAUGAUACACCAACUAUCACACAUUCACACCACAAUACACUAAGAGAAUACCUGUCUGUUUGUCUGUGUUUGUUUCGUACUAAUGUAUGAAAUACUUUCACAGAAGAAUAGAGAUAUCCGUCUGCACGUUUGUUUCAUAUUGUUUGUUUGUUUGUUUGUUUGUUUGUUUGUUUGUUUGUUUGUUUGUUUGUUUGUUUGAAUUUUGUGUCUGGUUGCUUGUUUGUCUGUCUAAGUAGGAUUUUCUGUUCAUCACUCUGUUUGGUUGUUUGUUUGUCUGUCCCUUUGUUUUAGAUAAAUUGAUAUUACAUUAAAAAGGAUGUCAAAUAUUCAAUAACACAAAUUAUGUAAAGCUAAAACUUAUUUUUACAGUAACUUAGACUUCACUUAUAAAUCGACUACUGUGCACUGUUAUUUGAUUGUUUGUUUGUUUGUUUGUUUGUUUGUUUGCUGUCUGUCUGUCUGUCUGUUUAUUUGUUUUUUUGUAUGGUUGUUUGUUUGUUUACUUGUUUGUUAGUAUAUCAGUUUGUUUGUUUGUUUGUUUCUUUGUGUUUGUUUGUUUGUUUGUUUGUUAGCCAGUCUAUCUGGUUGUUUAAUUGUUUUCUGUUGGUUGUUUACUUGUUUGUAUGUUUAUAUUCACGAGACCUUACGAGCAUAAUAAACGACCAUCUUCCCUUGUCUUUGCAGGCACAAUGCGCAAGAGACUCUGGCAUCCCAACCAGUCAAACCAAAUGGCUCAACAUCGUGUUCGGUUUUGGCUGCUUCGCUGGCAAGCUCGCCUCAGGCUCCCUGGCGGAACCGCUCCUUCGUCGAGACAUGUGCAAACACUUGUACUUCGCCACUCUCUUUGCUUACAGCCUCUCCUCGUUCCUAGUCUCCCUCAAUCCUGUAUUCGAGUAUUUGAUCGCCUACAUGGUGUUCGUUGGCUUUCUACAAGGCUUGGUCGAGAGUCUCUUCUUUUUGGUCAAUCUUGAAAUUGCUGGCAUGAACGCUUAUAGAACAGCUUGUGGGUUUACACUGGCGCUCACGUCAGUUUCUAUGACAACAGGCCCACCACUUGCAGGUAAGGAAGGCCCGCCCGGAACCCAAUUUGUAGCCAUGAGACCGAAUAUUCUGACUUGUUUUUACAAAAGCCCAACUUCUUGGUUUCUCCAAUGAUUUUGGCGUAACCUUAAUUCGUCAUCGAAAUGCUGACGCCAUGGUCCUAGCCGGUGCGUUUAUGAGGAGGCAUUCACCCCCUGAUAAUAUUCAAAAUGGUGAACGUCCAGGGGGGAUGCCUCAAAAGCGCACUGGUUAGGACCAUGGCGUAAGCAUUUUGACGACAAAUCAUGGCAUGGCAGCGGUUGAGUCGACCUUCUGCGUGUCUAUUCUGUGGUUCCAUUCCGUUUACAUUAUCAGAACAGUGAAAAACAAAUAAACUCAAACUAUAUUUCAUAUUUUCUACAGGUCUUGUUUACGAAGCAUACCCUCAUAUCCGAUAUCUUCUGCUGUCAAUCUCAGGCGCAAGUUUCUUCGCCAGCGUUGUCAUGGCAAUCAUUCCUUGCGUCACUCCACGUCGUAGCUACACGCUAAACCACAGUUACCUUACCAACCAAGAGUACUGGCGUGUGUAUUGUCAUAAUGUCUCCCCCAGACCUCCGCGCCGCACGAGUGCAUUCGUGAUUGCGAACGAGGCCGCGGUUGCUGGCAUGCAUAAGGAGGCCAGUCCAAAUACGGUCAUUCAUAUACCGAAGACACUUUCAAGUACAGAGCUAUUAAGGCAAGUCAUGUAGACACACCGACAACAAGGCUUUGGAGCGAAGUGUUCCCCAGAAACCCUUUCUGCUGUUUCCACGGAAUUUUCGGGCGUUUGUGUCGGAUUAAAGAGCUCUCCCAAACCGAGGGCCAUAGGUCAGCUUGUUCCAACACCCAUUUUGGAAUCCAAGCUAGCGCGUUCACAUUUUGGCAAAGUUUUCUCAAAGACUAUGCCGUGAUAUGAAUCCCAUCAACAACAAAAUGUCUCGUUUAUUUUUAUUUCUUAAAAGAUUCGGGCGUGAAGGGGAGGGUUAUAUAAUUUAAUCUAGUCAAUGGGAAAAGGAAAGGAAAAUUUUUCUGCAAUUUUAUCAUUUUGUUUUAAUAGUACAAAAAUUCAAAAUAUCUAUAAUUUCAAAACUAAUGUUUCAAAUAACGUCAAACAGGAAAGGUUAAAAACCUAGCUAUAUUAAUCGUAAAACUACAACAUAUAUAUUUAAAGUUUGUUCGAACGCACUGCGUUCGAACGUAUAUCAAUCAUGUUUCGCUCGCUACUCUGGUUUAAAUAAAUGAUUACAAAGCCCAGUCGAAUUACAAAGCGCAGUCGAAUAUAUUUGCCAGAGGAAUAUAUGCAUCUCAUUGGCAGGUGACGUCAUCCCUUGGGUAUUUAAGAAGCCACGAUCGCAAUUUUAGAUCACCCCUGAUGAAGACACUAGACUGGAGUGUCGAAACGUUGGGUCUUGAUUACAAUUCGACUGGGCUUUGUAAUCAUUUAUUUAAACCAGAGUAGCGAGCGAAACAUGAUACAACAUAUAUAUGCUUAAAUAUUUUAUCAUUCUUCGUCUUAGUAUCAAUGAGCUCUCCAAGAUGGCGGAAUUGACGUCCAAAAUCUUAAACAGUUUUAAUACAAUUUCUCCACCAAAUUCCAGUUUUUUUCUAACAGUAUCGCUAGUUAUCAGUACAUAAAACCAUGAUAUAUUCUUUAAAUCGAAGUGAAAUAUUAGCUUUCAUAGGUCCAUGUGAAAUGACAAAAUGUAAUAUGAAGUUCAAAAUAAAAUUGUUGUUAAAAAAACCCCAGGAAAUUUCGGCACAGCUUCGUGUAAACCGCGCAGACAAAACAAUAGAAAGGGACUGGCACUGGACGUCAAUAUUCGUCAUCUUCAUUAUUUUUCACGAGAGUUCUCACUCCAGAUAAAUAUAGAGAGCACGCUGGUUUUUCAUUCAUAUAUAAAAUAUAUAAAGACAAGAUGUGAAAAGAUAUAAACAUCACAUGAGCUGAAAUAGGUGCUUUCCUGAAGAGAUCUAUUUCAGUUAAAAUUCAUGGUUUCAUUAUUUGGCUCAUUGGCUUCAAUGUGUCUGUUUUUCUAUAUAGUGCUCCAUUACAUAUCAAUGGUACCCUGGAUCAGAGGCUUUCCUGUUCAGCUGUAGCCUGCACUCAGGCGCAGAGCUAGUGUCGCCUUCAGAAAAGCAGAAAACCUCUGCGCCCCAGGGUAGCAGUGACGGACACACGCGAAAUACUGGUCGGGGGGAUUUUGGUUGAGAUCAUAUUGCCACCGCUUUGUCGCUACAAAUUUCAUUUCUUUUUGCCCUAAAUUUCAUGCAAAUUUGCUUAAAAUAUAGCCUGGCAAUGUUUUCAUGGUUGGAAAAUUAUUGCAACAGUUUUGUGACGCAAUUGUUUAGCUACCAUUCAAAAGGCUUGCAAAAAUUAGGAGGGGUCCCCCCUCCCCCUAUUGUUCGCUACUGUUACAUACUCGCAUGGUUAUUGAACUCGGUUAUUCCGUUCUAUCAGUUCCUAUACUAUUCAAUAUGUUCACUUUCUAUAUAUUUACUAUUUCGAAGCAUCUCAGUAAGGUCACACGCGGCUAGUUUCAUACCAAGGCCAAGUCAACACGCUAAGCCAAGUCUAGUCAAUAAUAGCUGGGCUUACUUGUGAGAAAUUCAAAUCAUCUAUAUCCACCGCCAACAGAGCAUCCAUGAAGCCAGACUAUUCUCCAUGUUUCAGAUUAGUAUUACGUGAUUGGCUACGAGUUCACUAGAAAAACAAAAAGGAAAGAAACUAUUUUUAGCAGUCUUAAAAUUGGGCCACUUUUAGGUUGGAAUAAGGCAAGGAUGACAAGGGUUGUAUUCAAACUCUGUGAAACUCGUUAAUAAUUCAUGAAGAAAACUCAAAAGAAAUCAUGACCAUGCUGAUUUACAUAAACUUUAAGUUCAAUUUUCUCACCAAAUAUAAUUUAUUUUAAAUUGUUGAAGAA